AAUCUAAGAAAUUCCAAAUAAAAACAAGCAAAAAACACGACCUUGAUUUACGGAAGUUUGCGAGGUUUGGAAGCGUUUCUAAAGUGUUAUGCUAUAAAAUUGAACUGUUACAAACAUGUCGUGGAACCAAAGACCGCCUGCAUAUAACCAAGGUUACGGGGCUGCACCUAAUCCUUAUGGUCAAGCACCACCUCCCCAUUUUGGCAAUGCACCCCCACCACAAUCGCAUCCUUAUCAACAAGCACACAAUCCUUACGGCCAACCCGCAGGGCACCAACCCUACACAUACCCAGCCUAUAAUCCCUCAAUGCGUCCUCAAACAGGGCCUCCACCUGGAAUUGACAUGGCAUUAUGGCAAUGGUUUCAGGCUGUAGACCAGGACAACUCUGGUGGUAUUUCCUCAGAUGAACUUCAGAGGGCCUUGCUCAAUGGUAACUGGUCGCAAUUCAAUUCUGAAACAUGUCGUCUCAUGAUUGGAAUGUUUGACAAGGACAAAUCAGGAACCAUCGAUAUUCAUGAAUUUUCAGCGUUGUGGAAAUACAUUCAGGAAUGGAAAAAUUGUUUUGAUAGAUUCGACACGGAUAGAUCAGGAACGAUCGAUGCCCGAGAAUUGAACGUCGCGUUCGGAUCUUUUGGCUAUCGUCUGUCGCCUCAGUUCACGGAUCUAUGUGUACGAAAGUUUGACCGUACAAACACGCGAAGCAUGAAGUUCGACGACUUCAUCCAAUGCUGUGUCAUGUUGAAAACGCUCACGGAUGCCUUCAGGAAACAUGAUGCCUCGCAAACCGGCGUCGUUCAAAUCAACUACGAACAAUUUUUAGAAAUGGUUUUGAAUCACACACUGACCGGAAUUUGAAUCUCUUCAAAUCAAAGUGGCAGCACCUGUGAAAAAUCUUGACUAAACAACUGAAUAACCAUAAUUCAAAACAAUCCCAUUUUAACUUGUUAUUUUAAUUAAUUUAUAUACAGACAAUAUAGUCUUUAUAUAAUCUUUUUGCACUAAAACUAGCAAAUAGCAUUAAAUAUUAGGUUUGGCCAACGCGCUUGGCUUCCAUAGUUGCAUGGUAGGCCAAAUUCCCAAGAAUAAUUCGCUAUAGUAAAAAAGAUGGCCGCUUGUCAAUUUUAAGAAUUUUUUGGGGGAGUUUAAAUCAGAGAAGAAAACAAUUCAGUUUACUGUCAAAUCAUAACUUAGUAAGGACUAAUCUUCUUUUAGCGAGUUUGUUCAUCGUAUGUGUCCUGUGUCCAAUUUUGUCAACAAAAGCAAAAUUCUCCGCAAAAUUCUCUCAAAAAGAUAUUGACACAUGUCGAUAUCAACGUAGCUUUUCGCAAAACGAAAAUGGCUUAUUUUUAACAGAAAACUUUAGCUCAGCGACACGAAAUUACGUCAAAAGGUAGCAAAUCCUCGCCUAAUCUGUAUGAAACAUUUUUUGUCGGAACCUUUGCACAAACUUUGAACAAACUUUGCUGUCGGAACCGAUUUAAAUUCGCAAAAAAUUUUUCUUAAUCGACAUGCCGCCAUCUUUUUUGAUAUUGUGAAUUUAACUUUACAGCAGGUACUGUAUAUUUUGACGGGAACGUGAGCUUUUUCUUAGUUUUACGAAUUGCGUGAAAAACUAAAAAUAUAUAAUCAUAAAAAGAAAAUAUGUCAUUUCCAGUCACUUCCCAGUUCGAUUGCAGCUCAUUCCAUAUAUACAAUGUCAAUGUACGUAAUCAGUAUUUGUCUAUAUAUGUACUUUUUGAGACUACGAAUUAAAUCUUUUCUCAGUCAAA